UCCUGGAGUUUAAUGUAAUUUCUCUUUAAAACAGCGAGCGAUCAGUGGCUCAUGAACUCUGGACCGAAUCUCUGCGAGCGGAUGAUACCGAUAAAUCAUCUCCGUAUCCAUAGAGACCGACAUCCCUGAUCGAUCAUCCGGUUCGAUUAUCAGAAUAAGGAUGUCGGACUCAGAGGAAAUGUCCGAGUUCGCGAGUCUCGUGGAGCGCAUUGAGAGAGGCGAGGUGCCGAUGAAGAACAUCGAGCGAGAGUUGAUCUGUCCCAUCUGUAAAGAGCUCUUCACUCAUCCGCUCAUCUUGCCCUGUCAACACAGCGUCUGUCACAAGUGUGUGAAAGAUGUUCUCCUGCCCAAUCACGAGGACUCGUUCAGCACAGACGCCGGAUCGGAGAGCUCGAACCCGGGCAGUCCUCGCUCCAGAGUUCCCUCUCCCAGUCUGGAGAAGCUGGACCGACUAGUGCGAUCAGCUUCACUGAGAAGGUCGUUUGGAGGGAGAGGGUCCAUCUCUUCUCCUGGAUGGAGGCGUUCUUCCGUCACACCUCGUGUCACCACCUUCCCGUGUCCGGGCUGCCAGCAUGACAUCGAUCUCGGCGAGCGAGGGAUCAGUAUGCUCUUCCGCAACUUCACACUGGAGAGUAUCGUGGAGCGCUACCGCCAGGCGGCGCGUGCGGCCGUCGCUAUCAUGUGCAACAUGUGCAAACCGCCCGUUCAGGAGGCCACCAAGAGCUGCAUGGACUGUAAGGCCAGUUACUGCAAUGAGUGCUUCAAGAUGCACCACCCGUGGGGAACGCCUAAAGCCCAGCAUGAGUACGUGGGACCCACCACCAACUUCAGACCGAAGGUUUUAAUGUGUCCUGAACAUGAGAUGGAGAAAGUCAACAUGUACUGUGAGGUGUGUCGACGGCCCGUGUGUCAUCUGUGCAAGCUUGGUGGUUCUCACGCUAAUCACAAAGUCACCUCGAUGAGCAGCGCCUACAAGAUUCUAAAGGAGAAGCUGUCGAAGAGUAUCCAUUACUUAAUCAGCAAAGAAGACCGAGUGCGGACUCAGAUUUCAGAACUGGAUGUGUUGAUCCAUCAAAUGGAGGAAAAUGGGCAGCUCGCAGAGAGACGCGCAAACGAACACUUUGAACGACUGUUUGAGACUCUUCAAGAGAGAAGGAGCGAGAUGUUGAGAUCCAUCGAGCAGUCGAGGAAUCUGCGAGUGGAGCGACUGCGAGCACAGGUGGAGGAGUAUCAGGGCAUGCUGGAGAACAGCGGUUUAGUGGGAUACGCACAGGAAGUCCUGAAGGAAACCGAUCAGUCCUGCUUCGUUCAGACGGCCAAACUGCUGCACGUCAGGAUUCAGAAAGCCACAGAGUCAUUGAAGACGUUUCAGCCAGCGGCAAACACGUCGUUUGAUGAGUUUGUGUUGGACACGUCGAAGGAAGAGUUUUUACUGAAGGAGCUGAGCUUCAAUGGCGUUCCCGAUCCUCCUGUGGUCGACCUCUCGCGCUGUCACGUUUAUAACGAAGGUUUGAUCCACUGGCGUCUGUCUGAAGACUCUCUGCCCACCGAUCAUCAUAUCGUGGAGUUCAGGAAGCUUGGCGGCGAGGAUGAUGAGGAGUCAUGCUGGCGAUCGACAGAGCGUGUGUACGGCUGCAGUACGGUGGUGUCUGAUCUCGACAGCGACUCGCGUUACGCGUUCAGAGUGAAAAGCUGCCGAAACAACAUGUUCAGUCCCUGCAGUCCUGAGGUGACCCUCAACACCCCGCCAGCAGCAGUGUUCAGCUUCCUGUUCAAUGAGAAGUGUGGAUUCAACGCCGAGCGACUGCAGCUCAGCCAACGGCGGGAUUCUGUGGAGAGCGUUGCAGGAAUGAGUUUCCUGUUGUCUGCCGAACGCGUCCACACAGGGAGUUACAUUUGUCUCGAUUACAUCAUCGGUGACACGGGCAUCUCACACGGCCGCCAUUACUGGGCAUUCCGUGUGGAGCCCAGUUCAUAUAUGGUGAAAGUGGGCGUGGCCUCUGACUCCAAACUGACUGAGUGGUUUCAUAAUCCACGAGAUACCAGCAGCCCCAGGUACGAUCACGACAGCGGUCACGACAGUGGCAGUGAAGACGCUUGUUUCGAGAUGUCACAGCCCUUCACACUCGUCACCGUCGCUAUGGGUCGACUCUUCAUCCCGAAAGCUUCCUUCGCCGCCUCAGGUGACCACGGCAACCGCGUCCUGCCCAUGCCACAGAGAAUCGGAGUCUGUCUGGACUAUGACGCCGGUCGAGUGUUUUUCUAUGACAGCGACACCAUGCGCUGCCUGUACGAGAGGCAGGUGGAGUGUUCCGGCACUAUGUUCCCGGCAUUUGCACUGUUGGGUGGCGGGGCGGUUCACCUGGAAGAAUUCAUCACGGCCAAACGAUUGUCAUACAUGUGAGACAGUUUAUUGAUGUGAUUGUCUGUCUGGUUCUCUCUCUUGUCCCUGAAUAACGGCAGAUCAUUGGUCGGAUUGGCCCGUGAUGUGCCGCUAUCUGAAUCUGGUUAAAGAGGCAAGUGUUCGAUCUUUAGUGCCUUUUAAUGACAUCAGCUGAACAUCAGGUUUACUAACACACACGUUAUCACACCGUAAUGUAAUGAAACACUUUCUGAAUAAUGUGCACUAAUACUGUUGAUUCUCUCAUUGUUUACAGACAGUUAAAAACAAGAACGACAAAUGAUAUCAUACAAGAAUUCACUACUGAACACAAUCAUUUGUGCACUAAUAUUUAAUAGCUUUAGCACCUGUAACACUAAGAAAUGCUUCAAAACAUGAUUGUGUGCUCUAGAGUUUUGUAAUCAGAACUGCACCAUGUUGUUUUUCUUCUCCACAUUAAAAAUAUUUCUUGUUAGUUGAAUCACUUUGAAGUGAAAUGUAGCCUGUGAAGUGCUGCUGAAUCGCAAUGAAAAUAUGAUUUCUAUGAGGCGCACCGUAACACCUUAAAUAUACAUAUGCACCGUCAUUAACACGGCAAAUGUGUUACUGCACUAACUGGAACACUAACAUGGCCUUAUUGAAUAAUGGCAGGCUUGUUGCUUGAUUAACCAGAUAACUCACUAGAAAGGGACUUGUUUUAUUUUGUCUGGGUUCAUGGCAGGAGUUGUUGGUGAUUUGUGGGUUUGAAGCUACCUACCUCUUAUUUUAGUCUCUGAAAACUUGUAAUACUUAGUGUAAUUGUGCUGUACGAGUAUUGUUUUGAUUUCCGUGCUUUAGAGGAGGUGGCAUCGAUUGUGAUCGUCUGAUUCAGCAAAGAAGUUUCAGACUUUUGAUUUUAGCAUUUUAGGGACAUCAUACUACCUGAUGAGUGUGUAUUCUGUUGAUUUAUUUACCUCAUUAAAACCUCAUGAUUUUACUAAUAAAUUAAGUGAAGUAACCGGAUAAAAGGAAACGGUCACUUUUUUUGAAUUUUUAGUCAAUUAUGUUUUACAUGUUUGAUCAUUUAACACCUGUUCAUAUAUUAUAUCAGUGGUGUUUCCAAAAAUACUGAUGAAUUGAGAACAAAGUGUGUGUGUGUAUCUGAAUUUUAGAAGUUCCACCAAUUCUCCAUUAUUUUGUCAAAUUACAGGUUAUCGCAUUUUAUUGUCACUAUUAGAUCAGUGUAUUUUGAUGUCUUCACCGAAUGUUUUCUUUGUCUCUUGUAAAUGUUAAAGCGGUUCUUCAGUGGAUUUUUGUGGAUUGUAAUGUGUUACUGAGCUAAAGCAGUCAGCUCUUUAUGACAUACUGAAAAAUAACCCACAUGAGUUGUCAAGCACUUUAAAGCAUGUCAGCAGGUGCAAUAUGUAGACAGGUAGAGCUGCGAGUGUAAUGCUUUAAUGGAAAUAACCAGCUGUGUGUCACCUGUAUCUAUGUGCUUUGAUCUUUAAUGUACUGUGUGACUUUCUGUAUAAUAAUAAAUGAAUGUCAUUUCAGCUGUAUCUUGCAUGUUUAUUGUUCUUCAAACAUUUUG